AUGGCCAAGGCUAUCGGACUAAAAAGGCGCGGUCACCUAGCUACGGAGUCCCCGGAUUAUGGUCGGAGCCGUUGCGCUUGGGGACUCGCGGGAGACGAAAAAGUCGAUGCGGAGUACACUCCUCCAUCCUGGAUAUUGUGGCUGCAUGAGAUAGCCUUCAAACUUGCUGCUUUCUCAAAUUGUGGCAGGCUGCAGCUCGUCGAACAGCAGAGGCAUAGCCACUAUACAACUACUUGGGCAGGGUGCACAGUAAGUAAAUGCAUUGCUCGCCCUAAGAUCCAGCGUGAGUAUCGUAGCAAAUGA